GCGCAAUAAAGUUUGAAGCGCUGCUGAGAGUGUCAUCGGUUGUUUAUGUUUCGAUGGGCAGCUGACAAUUGAGCGACUGCCCUAGUUUUUUAACGUGUCAUGUUAUAGACGUUGCUGGAUAGCAUAAAGACAUUUUAAAACGUGAUACCACGUCUGUUCAAUGGGUGCCGUGGAAAGCACCGAGGGAGAAAGGGAACCUUUGCUGGUUCCAUCCCAGCCGGCGACAAACACCACACAGCCUGUGUUCAGCAGGGUGUAUGGGAGAAGAUGGUUUGUUCUCACCAUGUUUUCAUUGUUGGCUUUUAUGCAAGGACUGGUGUGGAACACCUGGGGCCCGAUCCAGAUCUCAGCCAAACAUGCGUUCGAGUUCUCAUCGACAGAUAUCGCGGUGCUGGUGAUGUGGGGUCCAGUGGGCUACAUGCCCUGGCUGCUGUUUAUUUGGUUGAUGGAUAAGAAAGGUUUGCGAGCAUCUCUGCUGCUGUCAGCGUUCUUCAUGGUGCUGGGCGCAGCGCUUCGAAGUGUGCCCCUGAAAGACCUGCACUACAGACGCUGGUUGAUUCAUGGUGGUCAACUUUUAAAUGGUUUAGCUGGUCCUACCAUUAUGAGUGCUGGCCCUCUCCUGUCUACUACUUGGUUUGCUCCUGAUCAGAGGGCUACAGCCACCGCUGUUGCAUCACUUGUUGGCUACCUGGGGUCAGCCUGCUCCUUUCUGAUUGGUCCAUUAGCUGUCCCUGCACCCAAUGACACUGAGAAAUUGGGAAGCACAAGUACCAUCUACUGGAACCAAAACCACAUAGGAGACAGGAUACAGUUUGUGCUUUACGCAGAGUUUGGGAUGAUUGCAGCACUUUUCGUGGCUGUGCUGUUCUACUUCCCCUCCAGGCCGCCCAUCCCUCCAAGCGUGGCAGCGGCUAGCCAACGUCUCAGCUACAGGAGCAGCAUCUGCAGGCUGCUGAGCAACAUGCGUUUCCUGAUGAUAGCGCUCGCCUACUCCGUGCCCACAGGGGUUGUUGCCGGCUGGGCCGGCGUGUUGGACAUGAUUUUAACACCUGUUCAAGUCAGCCAGGUGGACGCUGGCUGGAUCGGGUUCUGGUCCAUAGUUGGAGGCUGUGUGUUUGGUGUGGCCAUGGCGAGGUUUGCUGACUAUAUUCGAGGGAUGUUGAAGCUGAUUCUCGUGCUGAUGUUUGCCGGUGCAUCCUUGGCGGCCACCUGGUUCACUCUCACCUGCUUGACCAGGCUCACCCACCUGCCCUCUACUAAAGCCACUCUCUACACCUCCUGCAUCCUGGUGGGUAUCUUCAUCAACAGUAGUGUGCCCAUCUUCUUGGAGCUGUUCAUUGAGACGGUUUACCCUGUACCUGAGGGCAUCACCUGUGGAGUGGUCACCUUCCUCAGCAACCUCUUCACUGGACUUUUGCUGUUUUUCCUCACCUUUUACUUUACAGAGCUGUCCUGGUUGAACUGGUGUUUGACAGGAUCCUGCAUCUUCAGUCUCCUGCUCCUCCUUUUCUUCAGGGAAUCGUACGACCGCCUCUAUUUGGACGUCUUUGUCUCCGUCUGAGCACACCGAGUGAGCUUUUUCCCGCAGAAGAAGACUGAAGGCUUGUCUUUUAAUGGACAAUGUAUUCCAGCAGAGUGCACAGAAAGGACACACAGCAUGUUGCUCACUUUAAUGGAUCAGUGCUUUUUUUUUUUUGAAAGAUGUUGUAAUUGUGAAAUAUAUGAUCAGCAGUGAUGGCAGUGCAUUGUGUAAGCAUCAUAACUAACAGUAGGAACUUAGACUUGACUAAGGAGGAAAGAAAUGUAGAUACUGACCUUGACAUUUUGCCUUCUGAAUGCAUCCCUUUUUAUAUAUUUUAUUUUACCCUUUCGUUUUUUUACGAUCAAUGGAAAGGAUGUGUUUAUAUACUGUCACGAUAUAAGGGACAUUUAUUGCGUAGAGAUGCAAGCACAAGCGGAUCUUCUCGUGGAUUUGGCAGUGCCCCAUGGUGAUGACUCCUCUAGUGCUCUCACCACAUCUAAUGGGAGUGUAAUGGAUAAUUAUAGACAAGCUCAAUUAGCCGCCUGGCGGGAGAUAUGGCCGUCUGUGGACCGGGGACCUCUUAGAGCUGUAGUGUCACUUGUAAAUAGCCUGUGGGAUCCAAGCUUUAAUUGACCUGUGAUAGGUCUGUCAAUAAGCGGCAUUUGCCAUGGUCCUCAAGUCUUCUCGUUUUCCUUAUCAGCCCAUAUUAUGCAAAGGAUUAUUCACUCCACUGUGGGGUUUAACUAAUCGUUUUACAGCGAUUGGUCCGAUUCUGUGUCAUGUUACCUCAAGAUGUCUGAAGUUAUGGUUUAUGAGAUGAGAGAUCUAUAUUCAUGUUAAGGUAGCCAUUUGUGUUCAUCUCUAGCUGUAGCAUGCGCACAGUGGGUGUCUGUUGCACAAGCCUUUGAGCCUUUUUACAGAAUUGUUUGCAAUUGAUUAUGUUUUAAGAGCAUUUAAAUGUAAUUUAUUAUCUCAUUUUAGGGAUUAAUUCACUAAUAUUGACUAUAAGGGAUUGUUAGCGUUUUAACAUGGCAUUACUGACUGCUGGAACAGUAAAACACCAGCAACAACAGCCAUGUUCGGUAGCCUUUCGUGAUUUGUGGCACAACCUCAUGCAUCAACGAGGGCAAUAUUCCCUCUCCCUGACCUAUGACCCGUGAACUCACUGGUCUGUUCUCUCCUGCAUUUUUCAGCAUCACCAUAAAAAUGGAGCCCAUCUGCUUCAUCGCAUUAGUUGCGUGCAACUUUCCUGUGAAAGGUGAAAUUUGGUGGCCUGAGACUUGGAUUUAGGAUUGACUUCAGUGGAACUGAUUUGACGGUUAUCGGUGGAAAGGAAAAGCAUUUCAUGGACAUGCUGAAUUCUUUCAGCCCUUACAUUUCCACAGCUUUGCAACUGAGAACUUUGGACACACAGUUCGGUUCUCCUCUGGGAAAAGCCUGCUUGCGAAUCACUUUCCGUGUUUCUCUGUACAGAACGGUUCUCUCUUUUACCUGUGAACAUGCCUUAAUUAACAGUAAUCUUUGUUCUGUCCUCCUCUCCACUGUGAUGUGCGUGCCAUGCUGCAGUCGGUGCUUGUGCUCUGUUCUGUCACUGUAAUGUUAAUGAUAAGUGGCACAGGAGGGGUGUACGUGUUCCUGUCCGUGUGCAAAUACAUGUCAAAGAUUUUUAGCACCUUAUUAAAAAGAUGUUUUUGAAAUGGAA